AUGAUGGCCAUCCUCAUGACCUUCCUCAUGACAUACGCGAAAAGGCUAAAAGGCGCGCUUGAUGUCCCGCCAGCAAGUAGCCAAAACAGCAACCUAGAAAACAACUCGUCAUUCAUCACCAGCCGCAAGGAAUCGACAGACCACCAUGCAUUCAACGAUCAGAGAGAACAACAAGUUCGUCGUCCGAAAUUCGGCAGUGCACUUCGCUUUGUCAUGGUGGUGGGACUGGAGGGAACAGGACAUCACUUCAUGGGCGAGAUUGCAAAGAAUUCACCUUUCAUGAAAACACUCCAUGGCAUGAACUUGGCACCAGAAGAGUUGGCGAAUCUUGAGCUAUCUCUCUUCAAUAACAUGGAACCAGCCAAUAGCCUUUGGAAUGCACACUGUGCAACAGAAGGAAACCCCAAUAUAGAUCGUGUCCAGUCCAUGGUGGUGAAGCACCUGGAGAAAAUGGAGCAAGUUGCCAAGAAGGAGGCAUUGAACCAUAAUUCCACUGCAACAGGACUGCAAACCAUUCAUGUCCCCCUCAACACUCUAUCGAUUUCACCAGGCUCUGGAAUGAUCUCCUAUCCAAACGAGCUUGGGGAUUGCAGGAAAUUGAAUUACCCUUCACUGGACCUACUCUACAGGGCUUGUGACAUGGCUGGAGUAGAUUGUGGACAUGUGUACAUAUACCGGGAUCCUGCUGCCAUACUUCAUAGCACAGUGACUAAUCGGCACUUUAGUGAUAGCAUGCUGGAGCAAAUUCACCUGUACAAGUCCAUGUACAACAUUAUCAUGGCAGAGCUCAUGACCUUUCCUGACCGCACAUGGGGAUGCUAUGGAUUGUUGGAUGCCUCCAGCAUAGGCAAUACUACCACAGGCACAGUCAGCCACCCUUCCUGGUGGCAAGAAGUGAGUCGGCUUUGGGGAUGGAGUUCCGUAAAGGAAUUCAACGAAUACAUGAAGAGCGUCUACAAGGCACCCAAACCUGUAGGCAAGAAUCUGGUGUCUAGUGAGUUUGAGCCUUACAUGGAUGCCCUGAUCAAAGCUCACCAAAAGGUCAUAUCAGUUUGCCAAAAGACGCAGUCAGGAGAACUGGAAUCAGUGGACCCAAACUGA